UCGAAGUUCCUAGCAUAUUUGAGCGCAUAUUAUAUGCUAUGGCAUAUCUAAGAUGUUAUUUAAACCAUCAAGAUAGAGAGGUGUCCUAUGGAUAGAGCUAUCUUCUGACACAGUAUGAGUCAACCCUUCAGUAAGUUCAAUAGCUUGGUAAGUUAACAACUCAAUGAACGUAAAUCGGAGGUUAGCCAAAUCAAAUUGUACUUCAUCAGAGAUACAUAUUUACGACUUAUAACGGUGCAAGCGCGCCAUUCUACUUGCUCUUAUGGCAAGAAAACUCGACUUAAUCCCAAACCUCCUUCGUGAAAUGCUCCUUCAUUUCUGUCGAGGUCAUGGGUUUCUUGAAUCUGCUUCAAGCAGUCUACGGACUGCUUACUAGCAUCGUGACAUGGUCGCCAUUCGAGGAAGAACACGAAAUAACAAAAAAGCCUGUCUGCCAUCUUCUUCAGUUACCAGUCGAGCUUAUUCACCAUAUUUCGGAUGAUCUGUCGCCAGCCAGUCGACUUGUGUUAUCCCAAACUUGCCGCCCGCUGGGUGAGAUCCUCAGAAGAGACGCCUUGGCAAACCCCUUUACCCGGGAAUAUCGUUGCGAAUAUCUAGCGGCCAUUGCUCGUCAGAGGCCGGAUUACUGGGUAUGCGAGGUCUGUGUCAGGUUACAUAAAGUUGAUACAUCCGAUACGCCAGAGAAGCCGUGUGUUCAAACCUGUUCAGCAGGCCGGAAACGAUGGCGACAGACUGGAUACGGGCAGCAAGACCGACUUGACGCACGCCUUCUUCGGAUUGAUCACCGACAUAUCCAGCUUGCUCUUAAGUACACGCGCCUGAAGUGCCGUAAUUAUCAAGACUAUCUCGAUAACCUGCUCGUACCGCGCAUCGAAACGAAGUUCGGAACUCAUCUGUGGCCGUAUAGGCAACCUAACGUUUUAUCGGUCCAUUAUUCGGCCUUCCCUAAGAUUGUAGUGGGGGAUGAUGGCAAUCUUCGAUUCCUACUAUUGUCCUCAUGGCGCUAUGAAGUAGACACGAAGUCAAUAACGAUCCCAGCUAUGGGAGACUUGAAGAUUUGUCCCCAUUUGAGGCUCACCUAUGGUGCUAGAAGGGGUAUAGGUCAUGAGAUAGGGUCAUUGAAAAGAAUUCUUAGUUCGUUUCUCCCCAGAGAGGGUAUGGACAACAAGAAUGGAUUCUAUUUCUGCUGUUACUGUCCUACAGAUUUAUGUGUCAAGACGUCUCGUGCACGCCUCAUACUGAGUGCCUGGCAGGACCUGGGACCCGAGGGAUCGCCGAUGGAUAAGUCCUGGAGGGUGCACAUCUUAGGUAACCCGAUGAUCUCUCGGGGGCAUCCACACCUCAGUCAUGAACCCGGGAGUGUUCUAAGGCUCUAUGAGCAGACGAAGGGCGUGGGCUAUCUGCCGCUAUAAUAACAAUGUUGAGUGGAGAUAUUACUUGAACGAUAUCUACUGUUAUCAGCGCCAACUCUUUGGAAACAUAUUACAUUGCUACUAGUCUGAUUAUUUUUAAAUAGUUUAAUAUAGGCUGUUAAUGG